AUGUACAGAUGUUAUUUAAAACAGAUUUACCUCUCAGGAAAUAUAACAGCUGUCCCAGUUGUGAAGUUUAUUGGCCUCGGACUUGGAAUUUUGCUUUGGGGAUCCAGUGGAUUGCUAAUUGGAUGGGCAAGCUCAAGGUUUGGCUGGUUUGGUCUGCAUCCAGAGGAAGUAUCCAAGCCGAUACUCAAUUAUUGUGGAGCUGGUCUUUGUCUGCUAAGUGCCAUCAUAUUCUUCUUUGUGAAAAGUGAUGUUCAGAAACGUACAUCUACUGAAUCCAUGCCUUUGUUGAUUGAUGAUAGGAGGUUGAAUCCAGACAGCGCAAGCCCCAGUGAUUCAUGGGUGGACACAAUUUCACCAAAGAGCAAGAGAGCGCUUGGCUGCAUCUUGGCCAUAUUUUCAGGUGUCCUUUAUGGUUCUUCUUUUGUGCCCUUUAUAUUAGUAUAAUAUUUAUAUUAUAUUAAAGUCCAUGCCACAACCAAUUCUAGUAUGUUCACUGGAUCCAGUCAGAAUGAAAUUGACUACUGCUUUGCCCAUUACAGUGGUAUUUUCCUCAAGAGCACAGUGUAUUUUCUUGCUUACUGUGCAGUCAUGAAGAACAGGCCUCGGAUUUAUCCCAGAGCCAUCUUACCUGGUUUUUUGAGUGGCCUGAUGUGGGGAUUAGCCACAUAUGUCUGGCUUAUGGCAAAUUACUACCUUAGUGCAGUGAUCACAUUCCCUAUAAUUAAUGCUGGUUUUGGCUUAGUAGCUGCUCUGUGGGGAAGUGUGGUAUUUAAAGAGGUCAAAGGACUUGGGAACUUGCUGCUGUUUGCUUUGGCAUCUUGUGUUGUCCUGGCAGGCUCCCUGUUAACUGCCUGUUCAAAGAUCUGA